UGUUUUUUUUAAAAAAAAAAAAUUCAUUUGAUUAGAAUGUGGCUUCAUAUGUCAUGAUCAGUGCAAAAAUACUUCAAGCUGUCACAAAUCAACAUUUAUGCCACCAUCAAAAGCUAUUCAUGACCAACCUUCACCUACUUUAUCAUAUACCCAAGAACCCAACACUCCCUUACAUCGUCCAACAACAACAUCAUACCAACCCUAUCAGAAUCGCCGGUCCGACUCCUCUUAUUCCAUCCAAGCCCUUUUAUCCCAACACCAAUUGCAGCAUAAGCAACAAACUUCAUCUCCCAAACCAAGAAAUUCAGUUUCCAGCCAACUUCGUCAGCGUACUCAUAAACUCUCUCGUGUGUUUUCUUCUCGAUUGUCAUCGUCCCCAUCACCAUCCUUACCCCCGUUGCAUCAGCAUCAUCCACAACAACAACGUUCUUCUUCACAACAGAGGCAACAGCAACAAGAACGAUCACCUCAUGGCAGCAAAAGUUGCGAUGCUUUACGUUUGAUUCAUGAAGAAACUUAUUAUUCUAAAGAAAAUAGUGGCAGAUUGACAAAACAUGAUUCAGAACCAUCCUCCACUUCGUCCUCCUCCUCCUAUUAUCCUGAAUGUCCUGUGGAUUGUGAUUCUUCUUUAUCAUCAGGAUCUUCACCCAGCUCACCGCCUUGUCAAAUACCAUCAUCAACUAUCCAACCAUUGACGAAAAAACAAUUAGCAAAACGUGAAAAAUUACGACGACGUGCCACCAAUCCUGACGACUGUAUCAUCUCUUGACAUUGCCUAUUCCUUUUUCUAGUUAGUUAAUUUCCAUUUUUUUUUUUUUUUGGUCUUUCCCUAAAAGAAUUUGUUUUUUUUUUCUCGUUUAUUUAUAAAUAUAUUUAUACAAUUAUUUUGAAUGAUUUCCUUUCCAAACUAAUAAACAAUCAAAAACUACGAUGAUCCAAAUAAAUAAUUGGACUUUAUUGAAUGAAUAAACUAUGUAC